GUGUCCACACUCAGCACUGUCUUUGCGUGCAUUUUGGAUUCUCAACCUAUCGCUUUCCAUUUCUCGUUUGGAAACUGGGAAAGUCUAUGUCUAUGCCCCCCCAGCGGUGUCCACUCGAGAGAGAGUCUAAAACUCGUAGUGCCCGUAAACCGGUCGCUAUUCCGCCUGUCUGGACUGGACUUGAUUUGACGAUUUGACGAUGUGACUGGACUGGACGGGCUUGCUUAUUCAAUAACCUCUCGCAGUCUCACCUCUUUCCUAUCUUUUCUCUCCUUCGACCUCUCUCCUCUCUCCUCUCUCCUCUCUCCUCCCUCGCCCCUUUCAUUGCCGCGCAACUCUUCUGCUCGUUAUCUCCAAUCCCACACCCUCACCACCCUCUCCAUCGCCAAAUCCUGUCUCAUGCCUGCGCUUGUGAACAUCUGAUCACUUCGAAAAUCACGAAGAUUGUUCAUGUGCAAGCCCAGUUGAGCCGAUAAGGAGGCUUUACGAUAAGGACUGGGAAAGUGAUCGAUAUUCGAUACCGGUAGAGGUCUUCCGAGAGAUUUACCAUUCACAUUGCAUCCAUCCUUUUUCUCGGUGCAGAUACACAUCUUCUUCUACCACUACCACGCUACCUACUCCUAUCUAUCUCCCCGCCUCACAGAUACGUCUCCCACUUUACGUUGCAAGAGCCGAGGAAGAUAUAAUAAUCGCUGGUCGGUCGGUCCUAUUCAAAGAACAAAGGAGAGGAUUUAAAUAUUUCCAUUGUCUCCCGGAAUAAUUGUCGCAUCUUUGAUUCGCACAUAUUUCGCAGUCGAUGCAUGGGAUUAUUUACGUUGGUUGGAUUUAAUCAACUUGGGUUCAAGACAUUGGUAAAUUGAAAUCGAGGACUCUCCCGAAUUCCAUCGUCAGCCGGUCCUCAGCUACAUUGUGAUCGCUUGCCUCCUUUCUAAAACACAAUCGAUACCGAGUUCCCGGAACAAGGAGAUCGACUCAGAGUGUCAAUUCAAAUUCGACAGUCAAAUGGCCAAUACAAUGGCGGGGUUCUCAACCCCAAGCGGAAGUUCAACCCCAGUCAUGAACGAUGAAAGACCUGUCAAGUCCAAAGGCAAAUGGCUUCAAAGAAUAUCUUCAUCACCUACACUCGCGCAGUUCAGUCGGAAACGAGCGAAAAGUAGUCCAUAUGGGAGCAGGUCGACACUUUCGUGUCUAAGUUUUGCUCCUCCCAUCGCUGAGAAUCCUCCCACCCAAUCGACCGAAGGAAGUUCGUCCGCAGCACCAGUCUCGGGGCCAAGUUCAGGAGGUAGUUCAGAAGCAGAUUCGACACCAGCCACCCCUGGUCUUGAUACGCCAUAUUAUGAUCCAAUGUAUCGUCACAUUGCUAUUCAGCGCAACGAGAACGAAGCGAUGGCUGGUGCAUCUACAAUGCUGCAAGACUUACAACAACUGACCAUUGUAGAGGCAGGGGAGCCUGCGACUUCAUCUCCAGAUCAAGAAAUUGUUGAGGAUUACUUUUCACAGCCGAUGACGGUAAAAUCUAAACCCUUUAAGAAGAGCAACUUUAAGUUUUGGGAUGAAAUGCCACACGAGGUUAAGCUACAUAUCUUUGCAUUCCUGAAACCAAAGGAGCUGGUACGAGCUUCCAAUACUUGUCAUGAUUUCUACAAAACUUGUUUCGAUGGACAGCUCUGGACAUGUUUCGAUGCCUCGGAAUUCUAUGCCGAUAUUCCCGCUGAAUCUUUGGCAAAGAUUAUUGUGUCAGCAGGUCCUUUUAUCAAAGAUCUUAACCUUCGAGGUUGCGUACAAGUCGAGCACUACAAGCGUGCAGAAGUGAUAGUGAAAGCUUGCAAGAAUCUUAUCAAUGCGACACUUGAAGGAUGUCGAAAUUUUCAAAAGGCAACUUUACACAAUCUUUUGAAAACUAACGGAAGACUAACCAAUCUUAAUCUAACUGGAUUAUCGGCUGUCACAAACGCAACGUGCAAAAUCAUAGCACAAUCCUGCCCACAUCUCCAGAUGUUCAAUGUUUCGUGGUGUACUCAUAUGGAUGCGCUUGGUCUACAGUUAGUCAUUCGAGGUUGUCCAAAUUUAAUGGAUCUCCGUGCCGGAGAAGUCAGGGGCUUCGAUAAUGAGGAUCUGGCGCUAUCAAUCUUUGAGACCAACAAACUUGAGCGACUAGUUUUGAGUGGCUGUGUAGAUAUUACCGAUAAAGCCCUUCAAACAAUGAUGCAUGGUAAGGAUCCAGAACUCGACGCUUUUAGCUAUGCUCCGUUGGUUCCACAACGGAAACUCCGACAUCUAGAUUUGAGCCGCUGUCAUAGAUUGACGAACGAGGGUGUGAAAUCACUUGCCUAUAUUUGUCAAUACUUGGAGGGUCUGCAAUUGAGUGGAUGCAUUGACUUGACAGACAAAGCACUAGAAGAUAUUCUAGCUACCUGCCCAAAUUUGACACAUCUCGAUUUGGAAGAUCUCAGUGAACUUAGCAACGACUUAUUUUCCAACCACCUUGCUAAGGCACCUUGUGCUCCCACUCUUCAACAUCUCUCGGUCAGCUACUGCGAAAAUGUAGGUGAUACGGGUAUGCUCCCUGUUAUCCGCGCUUGUACCGGUCUUCAAAAUAUCGACAUGGACAAUACGAGGAUCAGCGAUCUAAUUCUCGCCGAAGCAGCAACUAUGGUUCGCCUCCGAUCCUCGCGUACCACAAAUCCAUUAUCACGUCCCUCUCCUGGUCUUCGCAUGGUGCUGUUCGAUUGUUCAAACGUUACGUGGACCGGAAUUCGUGAAGUUCUUUCGCGAAACUCGGAGAUUACGAAGCCGGUUGACCAUGAUAAUUCACAUAGAUAUUCAUUUCCCACAGAAAUCAUCAUACUCAAGUGCUUUUAUGGUUGGCAAUUGACGGUGAAUGAACAUACGAAGAGAGUUUUGAGGGGAGAUCUUUCGGCAGCAGGAAGAUUAGAGAGAAAAUGGACGGAAUAUAUGAUGGCGAAUGAAGAAGCUGGUGCAGGUGGUGCCGGGAUUAGGAGGAGGAGAAGGAGGGCAAGAGAAGCGCAGAUGAUGCAUGCUGAUGAAGAAGAAGGAGGGGUAGCUGCUGGUGGGGGUGUUGGCAGAAGGAGGAGGGCGAGGAGUAGUGCGUGCGCUAUCAUGUGAUUGUGCAUAUUGAGAAAGGUCAGAGUGUGGAUAUAUGAAAAUGAGAUACGGUACAUAUGAUGGGAUAUGAAACGAAGAUUGCAGCGCAAUUACAUGGUUGGAGUCAUGAUUUUGGGAUUGGCUCGAUAAAUAGCAUGCUUUUUUUAUAUCUUGGUUUGGGGUUUGGCUGGAUAUCUGGUAUGAUGUCUAGAUGGAAAAUAUACAGGGGUUUGGAUUCGGAAAUAUUUAUGGGAAUGUGAAUGCGAAUGGGAAUGACUAUUCUUCCCUUCUUUUUUGGGAGGCAUAAAGCCCAUGACCUCCUGUUUAUUUCGUGGCACACUUAGACGGGCUUGAUGGGUUAUUUGAGAUGAGAUAGGAUGAAACGAGAUGAGAUGAAUUGGGAUAUUAGAGAUGAACUUUUUUUUUUUUUCUUUUUUGUGUUUAUUUGUGUCUGUGUCUUCGUUUUCUGGCGAUGGGUUGUUUAGGAUGAAUGAAUGGAUGAAUGAAUGGGCUUUGUUGUGGAGAUGUGAUGAUUGGAGAGGGAGAGGGAGAGGGAGAUGAAGAUGGUGUAUAUAGCAUAUCUACCUAUAUAACAUAACAUAAAAUACCUAGAGAAGUUUCAAAUUCGAAUUCAAAUUCA